CGAACAGAGGCUGGUGAGAAAUAAGGAAAAUGCCAGAUAUUUCAUCAGGCAGAGCGCUUGCUACCCCUUUGACGUGAGGACCCGUGGGUCCUUGGUUGAGGAGCGGGACCGCAAUCAAGGACCCAGAGGUCCUAACACCAAAGGGGUAACGAAUGCGGUGCCUGAUGAAAUAGCUGGCAAUUUCCUCGUUUCUCACCACCCUCUGUUCGCCAGAGUGGUCCUUGGUGCUUGCCUCCGCAGAGAGAGUGACCAAGAUGAACCUGGAGCUGCUCGAAUCCUUCGGGCAGAACUAUCCAGAGGAAGCUGAUGGAACACUGGACUGUAUUAGUAUGGCCCUCACCUGUACUUUUAACAGGUGGGGUACUCUUCUAGCAGUGGGAUGUAAUGAUGGCCGAAUUGUCAUCUGGGACUUCUUGACUAGAGGCAUUGCUAAAAUCAUAAGCGCCCAUAUCCAUCCAGUCUGUUCAUUAUGUUGGAGUCGGGAUGGCCACAAAUUGGUGAGUGCAUCAACUGAUAAUAUGGUAUCUCAGUGGGAUGUACUGACUGGUGAUUGUGACCAGAGGUUUCGGUUUCCAUCUCCUAUCCUGAAGGUCCAGUACCACCCCCGAGAUCAGAACAAAGUAUUGGUAUGUCCCAUGAAGUCUGCCCCAGUCAUGCUAACAUUAUCUGACUCAAAACACGUCAUUCUUCCAGUGGAUGAUGAUUCUGAUCUAAAUGUAGUGGCUUCUUUUGACCGGCGUGGGGAAUAUAUUUAUACAGGGAAUGCCAAAGGGAAGAUUUUGGUGUUGAAGACAGACACCCAGGAUCUUGUUGCGUCUUUCAGAGUAACGACAGGCACAAGCAACACAACAGCUAUUAAAUCCAUUGAAUUUGCUCGGAAAGGAAGUUGCUUCCUAAUAAAUACAGCUGAUCGAAUAAUUAGAGUGUAUGAUGGCCGGGAAAUCUUGACUUGUGGUAGAGAUGGAGAGCCAGAGCCAAUGCAGAAACUUCAGGACUUAGUGAACAGGACACCUUGGAAGAAGUGCUGUUUCUCUGGUGAUGGGGAAUAUAUUGUCGCAGGGUCAGCACGUCAGCAUGCUUUAUACAUCUGGGAGAAGAGCAUUGGAAACCUAGUGAAAAUCCUUCAUGGCACCAGAGGGGAGCUGUUGCUGGAUGUAGCAUGGCAUCCUGUCCGGCCUAUCAUCGCUUCCAUUUCUAGUGGUGUGGUAUCCAUUUGGGCUCAAAAUCAAGUGGAAAACUGGAGUGCCUUUGCACCUGAUUUUAAGGAGCUGGACGAAAAUGUAGAAUAUGAAGAGCGAGAAUCUGAGUUUGACAUAGAAGAUGAAGAUAAGAGUGAACCAGAACAGACAGGUGCUGAUGCAGCGGAGGAUGAAGAAGUGGAUGUAACUAGCGUAGAUCCCAUUGCUGCUUUCUGUAGCAGCGAUGAAGAACUGGAAGACUCCAAAGCUUUGUUGUAUUUGCCUAUUGCUCCUGAAGUGGAAGACCCAGAAGAAAACCCCUAUGGCCCUCCACCAGAUGCGGUACAGACUGCUAUACCCGAUGAAGGGAUAGGCUCUGAAAAGAAGAGGCAGUCAAUAUCUGAUGGGCCUCAGCCACCAAAGAAGAAACCCAAAACAACAAAUAUAGAACUCCAGGGAGUACCUAAUGAUGAAGUUCAUCCGCUGCUGGGUGUGAAGGGAGAUGGUAAAUCCAAGAAGAAGCAAGCAGGCAGGCCUAAAGGAUCAAAAGGUAAAGAGAAAGAUUCUCCAUUUAAACCGAAACUCUACAAAGGGGACAGAGGUUCUUUACCUCUGGAAGGAGCAGCGAAGGGCAAAGUGCAGGCGGAGCUGGGACAGCCCUUGCCAGCCGGUGGUGGGAUCUCAGAACUCCUAUGAAGACAUCCCCAACCCUGUCUACCCUUUAUUUCCUGUCUUGCCACCAUAAUGUGGAGUAAGAUCAAGAUGGUCAAACAGAUAAUAAACUGACCUUAAGUUAAUAUGGUAAGGACAAGAAACCGUGUUGCCUAUGGAUACAGGGAACGAUUUUUUAAGAGAUGCAAAAAUUAUGGAGGAGGGAAAUUUGCUCCCUCUGAACCUCUCUUCUCACUAACAGUGAAAGAAGGUGCGGACUCUCAGGAAAGAAGGUUUGUACAGAACCUGGUGGAACUGCUUUUUGUUUAGAAUUUUCUAAUCAUAAAGAAACCUGACACAGGACAAGGAGAUCACUGAGCUGCCAAACUGAGGUCUUGCAUUCUGUUUUAUAUAUUCUGAUUCUGAGAACGAUUAAUCCAGAUAUUUUUGUUGCCCCAAAUACUGUCCCACUGCUGUGGAUCCCAAGUACAUUUUUAUUGCGCUGUUGCUAGUUGAAGUAGAGUAUUGUAUGCACCACUAUUUUAUUACCCACUCUGGCUUGCAAUAGUUGAUAGAUGUUCUGUUAAUGCUGAGGUACCCUUUGUAUAACUUUGAAGGGUGAUUGCCUACCUAGUUGCCUUUCUACUUGUGCAGGUUUGGAAUGGACACUUGGGAUCGAGAAGCCUGCAGGUAACAGGUAUUCAGUGCAAGAACUGAGGGGUGGGAGAGGGUGAUAAGCAGCCAUAUAUCAAGACAGAGCAGGGAAGGCCUUGGAUAUGGCAUGCAGCAGAAGCACAAGUGGCUUUCCAAUUUCAUUAUGUUUGUGCAUCUCAUGCACACUGUAGAAAUGCACACAUUUCCUGUGGGAUACACUCGGUCAUUCUAAACUUUGGGAUGUAUAUACAAGGUCAUAGCAAUCUCAUAAUUUUAAGAAAAUUAUUUUCCACUUCAGAAUAGAAGAGUAAAGGCCCUUUUCUCCAGGUCUACAAAAUAAUUUAACAAAACCCAGAAGAAUGUAUUCAUUAGGAGCUACCAAGGUCUGAAGAGGUUCAAGUGUUGAAGAAUGGAUGCUUAAUUUCCAGCUGCAAAUAAGUGCUUUGGUUUUAGUGCUUUUCCUUUCUGCAUGUUGUUUCCCAAGGCCUCUCUUUCUCUCAUGAAACCGUGACUUUGUCCUCCAUGUGUUAAUGUAAAUUUAAUGAUAUCCCUGACCUCAGCCAUUCUUUCUCUAAUCCUGCCACCUGCAGUCUGCCGGUUCAUCAAAGACCUGAAGGCUGCCUGGGCAACAGUUGCUGUUCUACAUGGGGAGGGGGGUGGUGUUGGGGGGGGGGCGUUAUGGAAUCCAUCAUUCUUCUACCAGAUCCUCCAUUUCAUUUUCUUUCAUAUUUUAAGAAUUAUUUAGAUACUCCUGUAAUUUGUACAAAAUGGGACAGAUGACAAUUGCCUGCUAGUUAUUUGUAAAUUGCUGCUGUGAUGUUAGCCUUUGUGUUUGUAAAUAAAGAGGUAUGUUUUAUUUCUUAAA